UCCCACCUUUCAUUUUCAUUCAUAAACUUGGUGACGUGGAUUUAUUUUGAUAUACAAGUAAAAGGUUCAAUUUGUAAAUAUAACAAAAUAUUGGGAGCUAUUUCGAUAAAACCAAAACAAUGGGCCAAGAAUUAAAAAUUUACCAUGAACAUGAGAGAGUGAGAGAAGAAGAUCGAUCAAUCAAUCAUCAAACUCUCUGUGUGCCACAUGCAUUACUACUGUUGACUUGUUCAAUAAAGGUAAAGUAAGAUCAAUCCGGCGAAUCUUCUUUCGUUUUCCGGCACCGAUCUCGGUGGAUCUCCGAUUCACAUGGCGGCGGAUAAUGCUUAUCUGAUGCAGUUUGUUGACGAAACCUCUUUUUACAACCGAAUCGUUCUGAGUCAUCUUUUGCCGGCGAAUCUAUGGGAACCCUUACCUCAUUUUCUCCAGACAUGGCUCCGAAAUUACCUCGCCGGAACCCUACUAUACUUCAUCUCCGGUUUCCUCUGGUGCUUCUACAUCUAUUACCUUAAAAUCAACGUUUACCUUCCCAAAGAUGCAAUUCCUACAAUAAAGGCUAUGCGUUUGCAAAUGUUUGUGGCAAUGAAGGCUAUGCCAUGGUACACUCUUCUUCCAACUGUCUCCGAGAGUAUGAUUGAACGUGGUUGGACCAAAUGUUUUGCUAGCAUAGGCGAAUUCGGCUGGAUUCUGUAUUUUGUUUACAUCGCCAUCUAUCUUGUUUUCGUUGAGUUUGGUAUUUAUUGGAUGCACAGAGAGCUUCAUGACAUUAAGCCUCUCUAUAAGUAUCUCCAUGCCACCCAUCAUAUCUACAACAAGCAGAAUACACUCUCUCCAUUUGCCGGGCUUGCAUUUCACCCAGUAGACGGGAUACUUCAGGCUGUACCGCAUGUGAUAGCGCUGUUUAUAGUGCCAAUUCAUUUCACAACUCAUAUAGGUCUUUUGUUCAUGGAAGCGAUAUGGACGGCGAACAUCCAUGACUGCAUCCAUGGCAACAUCUGGCCAGUAAUGGGUGCAGGAUACCAUACGAUACACCACACGACAUACAAGCAUAACUAUGGUCAUUAUACCAUAUGGAUGGAUUGGAUGUUUGGCUCUCUUAGGGAUCCUCUCUUAGAAGAAGAUGACAACAAAGACAGCUUCAAGAAAGCAGAGUGAGAAUGCCCACUUGGGUUUUGUUCUUCUGUUUUGUCUUGUGUUGUUGUUGUUCAAAGUUUCAGCCUUUCUUGUUCUUUUUCUUCUUCUUCUUAUUCAUGUGUCUCUCUCAACCUUUCCAAUUAUAUUGUUACAAACAUUUGCUGUCUAGUUUAAAACAUGUAAAUGUUUGAUGAUCUUUGCAAGACUCCAUUUUUGUUUAAGGUAAACCUUGAAUCUCAUAGAUUGUCGAUU